UUUAAAUUUGUUUCCCUGAUGGCAUCCGGUCUCAUACUUUUUUUUUUCACUUUUGUAUGUCUAACGCAUUGCAAAAUCUAUAGAGUUCAGCAGAGAAGUAUUUAAUGAAGAGAUUCCAUGGGUUUAAGCGUUAUAAUAAGGCUCUGUACCUUAUUUCCAGAAGAUAUGCAUCCAUAGAUUACCUUGUGGGAUCGAUACCGAAGCCUAGUCUGGUUCCUACAAUAAAGCCAUCUUCUAAACCCGAGCUAAAAAACUUACCUCCUAAAGAUAUUAGGAAACUUAUUAUUACUCCACUACAGUUGAAUGAUUAUUUCCGACAUGAGUUGUACCAGAAACCCAAAGCUCAACAAAUCACCCAAUCCCAGGCAAUAUUCAGCAGCACUAAGAAUAAACACGAAUGGUCGCAUGCCAAAUACGAUGAGAUUCCUGAUAUUAAAUAUAAUAGAUUGACUAAGUUGAAAGAAGACCAAUAUAAGAAAAUGGACAAGUAUAAAGCUAGCGAGUACCAUGAAACCUUUUUCAAUUCUAGAAAAACUUUUGGAAUUGUUCCUGAACAUUUGAAAGUUUUGCCAGAAGUGUUACUCUUAGGGCAUACCAAUUCUGGGAAAUCAUCACUUGUAAAUACCUUACUUCUUAAUAGAGAAGAAAACAAAUCGGUUAGUUCAGAGACCCAGCAUGCUUUUGUUUCGAAAAGAGCCGGUUAUACUAAAACUUUAAGCUCCUAUAACGUUGGUAAUAAAGUUCGUAUAAUCGAUAGUCCCGGUUAUGGGGAAUUUGGUGAUUCAAAACAAGGUGAGGUUGUUAUGGACUAUAUACAACAACGUCAAGUGUUAAGAAGAGCUUUUCUUCUCAUUGAUUCUAUCGAAGGAUUCCAAGAAGAAGACUUGGUAUUAAUCGAUAGUUUAAUUGAAGAAGGAGUUCCUUUCGAACUUAUUUUCACUAAAGUUGACGAAGUUAUACGCAAGAAUUUCAGCAAGCUCAAAUUGAAGCUCAACGGACCGCUUAGCCCAGAUCAAAGGCUUAAAAAUGGUGAACUUGUCAAACUUGGCAAUGAAAGGGUUAUUUCUCAUUUUGAUCGACUUUUAGAAGAGAAUGGAGUAAAAGAUUUAGUAACGGUUCCAAAACUUCUUUUCAAUAACGGACAAACCAACGAUUAUAUUGCAAUGAGACAUGGCUAUAAAGAGAUUAGGCUAGCUAUUCUACAAAGUUGUGGGAUAAUCGAGUGA